GGUUGAUGAAGUAAAAUCGAAUUUAAUCCGGUAACGUAAUUCAUCCAGAUUGGUCAGGGAACGUCAGUUUCUGGUAGGUUGGGUUAGUUUAUUUUAAUAGUUACCCUCCUGUGUUUGAUCAUUAACUUUCUCGGAAUAAAAAUGAGCCAAACACAAAUAUAAUUCCACAUUGCUCUACUCUACGAACUGUUGCUGCUGCUCAGCAGUAGUUGGCUGCUUUAUUUGACUUAGUUUUUCAACGUUUAUCCGAGGGUGGAGUCAGGAGCAGCCCGAGGAACACACACACACCUAGAAGACAAACAGAAGUUGGCUUCGGUUUGAAUGAUUAUGGUCAUUGAGAACAGCUGAUCAUCUCAGCUCCUGCUGCCGGACCAUGGACCUGAAGACCCUCCUCCACCAGGACCUGGGCCAAUCGGAGACUCCCGAUUAACGACCCAGACCAAACACUCAUCGUCAUCGUGGGCCAGUUUAGGUGGAAACAACUUUUAACUUUUAUUGUACUUGUAUAUGUUUCUUCCUAAACCGCCGUCGACCAUGGACCGACCGAGUCUCAUGCGACUCUUCUCCGCCUGCGACGUGAACAAAGGUGAGUUCUUCUGUGGUGGAACUGACUGUCGGUUCGGUUCUUCUGCGGUGGUACUGACUCUCGGUGUUCUUCUGUGCAGUCUGAGGGAGCAGCUGGCCGAUCUGUACCAGACCAUUCACUCCAGCGCCAACGUGUCUCUGCUGCAGGAGUACGAGAAAACCAUCUACGCUCUCAUCAACCACAGCCUGGACUACAGACUGGAGUGUGAGCAGCUGGAGACCAGUCUGAAAAGAGCUGAGGAAAUGAACAGCAGUCACCUGGCAGAGCUGGAGGACGACAUCCAGAAACAGCUGGUCAGAACUGAGGGCAGGGUGAGAGAAGAGGAGAGAAGGAAGAUGGAAGACGUCGUGGCCUCGAUGCAGAGGAAACACAGGAAUGAAGUGUCAGAGCUGCAGGCCACAGUGGACAGACUGGUCAAGAGUCAGAAGGAAUCGGAAUAUAUGGAGUCGAGGGAGGAGGUGAUGAGACUGAGCCGACAGAUCAGUCAUCUCUCACUGGAGAACGAGCAGCUCCGUUCGUCUCUGCUCCAGGCUCACACUGACAUGGCCGUCCUCCACUCAGAGCUGGACAAACUGAAGAACAUGUACGCAGACCAGAAGGCCCAGCAUGAACGGGAAACCGAACAUUUGAAGAUGAUGGUGAUGGAAUAUCAGUCGUACUCCAGUCAGAUCCAGACUCUACAGGAAACAAACAGAGUUCUCUACGACAUGUGUGUGUGUGUUCACAGAUCAGACCCAGACGACAGCAAAACCUCCUUCACAGACGUAGCCUCCUGGGCUGACAAAUAUCUGGACAGUGGCGUCUGCGUCCACAUGGGGGCAGCAGAGAUGUCAGUCAGUGAUUAUGACAGUGACCACAGCAGAGAAUCAGUGACUGUUCUCAACAGUUACUCCAGUCUUCAUUCCGAAGCGGAGAUCUCAGAUAUUAAAUCAGAAGCCGCGGCGUCUGUGGCUCCCAGCACGACCAGCUCCGUGGCUUCAUCGCUGAGAAGACGGUUGUCUGUGUUUUCAUCCAAGCCUGUGGAAGCAGACGUAGACGAGUCCAGUGGUCCUGCUCCCAUGUAUCGUCUAGUUCUGGCUGGAGACGCCGGAGCAGGAAAGUCCAGCUUCAUGCUGAGACUGACGCUGAACGAGUUUAAAGGAGACAUUCAGACCACACUGGGAGUUGAUUUCCAGAUAAAGCGGAUGGUGGUAGAGGGACAGAAGACGAGUCUGCAGAUAUGGGACACAGCUGGACAGGAAAGGUUUCGCAGUAUUGCCAGGUCAUAUUUCCGUAAAGCUCACGGCGUCCUGCUGCUGUAUGACGUUACCUCAGAGAGCAGCUUCCUCAACGUCAGAGAGUGGGUGGAUCAGAUCCAGGAUUCCACAGAGGAGACGAUUCCCAUGUGUGUUAUUGGGAAUAAAGUGGACCUGAGAGACGAGUGCCGCGAGGACAGGUGUGUCAGCACCGCAGAAGGAGAGAAGCUAGCCAAAGCGUACGGAGCUUUGUUCUGUGAAACCAGCGCCAAGAACGGAACCAAUGUGGUGGAAGCUGUUCUUCAUCUGGCCAGAGAAGUAAAGAAAAACAUCAAACAAGGACAACGAUUGGAAUCUGACGUCAAACUGAGUCCGUCCAAUCCCAAGAAGACGUUCAACAACUGCUGUGGCCGGUAGAGACAUCUAGAUUUUUAUGUUAUGUAUAUAGACAAAUACUAGGGAUGUCCGAUAAUAUAGGCUGACCGAUAUUAGCAUAAUUAUAUAAUAUCUGUAAGAAUUAUCGGUUUUCCCGAUAAUUUUUUUAAUGAAAACUAACACAAUGUCUGGGUUUCACCAAAUGACGUGUGCCCUAAUUUUAAUUUGGGGGAUAAACAGCAGUAUAUGAAAGUGAAAGCCACUAGAUGGCAGCAAUGCAGCUCAUUUAAAUAAUCUCAUACAGUGGUCUGUACGGAUAAGUAUAAGUAAAUAUAACCAGACCGAUAUUUGUAUUGGUUGAUAUCGGAAUUGGAAAUUUAGUUUUUGGACAAUAUCGCAUUUUGGUCAAAAAGUUAAUAUCGGACAUCCCUAACAAAUCCCUAUAGACACAGGUGUACAGACAAAUAGUUUUAUUUUAAUCGUACGUUUUGUUGCCUUAGAUUUUCUAAAACGUUUGACGCCACAGUUCAAAUUAACUUAAACAAACGUGUGUUUUACAGUCAGUCGUUACAAACUGGAGUUUUAGAAAAGUCUGUCUCACCUUCUCGGUCUCUCUCGCUGCAGUCGUUCUCUCUUCAUGGGGCAGUGGUGGCUCGGUGGUUAAGGGAGCGGACUUGGGUUCGAGUCCACUCGCUGCCAAGUUACCACUGAGGUGCUGCCCCCUGCUGAUGGGUUAAAAGUCUCCACUUUAAACCAACUGACUUUUCUGUAGGUUAAGUUUUUUUGCGUUAUAGAGGUUCAAAGAAAAACGAAAGAGACCAAAUAUUUUUUUUUAGAUAGAUUGUAAUUUAAAGAUCAUUUAAAGUCACAUCACAGGGCAGCUUUACAAUAGUAGCAGGUCGUAAAUGUAACGCGUUUUUAAUUAAUGUUAAAUGUGGGAAUAAACAUCUGUGCUUUUUUUUUUAGAGGUCAAGUUCAGCUCUCUUUCAGUCUCUGAGUUAAGACUGAAAGAGAGCGAGCUGAGGUCCAGUCUCAGAGAAUGACUGUACAGGUAAAA